GCACGUCAGACAACAAUUGAGAGCGCUCUGAUCCAAUAGCGUUUAGCAUUGUCAGAUUGACAGUAUGACAGCCAAAUGGCGUUGGGGGGGUCACCGGGGGGACCAAUCGCAUUUCGGGGAGGGGGCGGUGCCACCCCUUUAGACACGCCCCUGCUUCGAAGCAUUACCCUACAACGCAGAGGUUUGCGCUUUUCCGGGUUCUGUGCUCCGGCGAGGCAGACGAGCGCUUUAACGUUGCGCUGCGCAGGCUGCCAUUUUGAGCAGCUCCGCCACGCUCCACUUUCACUUUCGUUUCUCUAAGUUUCACGACCGUUGCCCUUUUAAGGCGCGCCGCAGCCGUCCGUCCUCAGUCAGAGCUGCUUUGCCAUGGCCGACGACACGCCGUCUUUGCUGAGCCUCGAGGACGAGCUCACCUGCAGCAUCUGCCUGAGCACCUUCGAGCACCCGGUGACCACGCCGUGCGGGCACAACUUCUGCCACGACUGCCUGGACAAGACAUGGCAGGACAGCGAGCUCGUUUCGCUGGGCUUCAACUGCCCGCAGUGUCGCGCACACUUCCACGUGAAGCCCGAGCUGAAGAAGAACACGGUGCUCAGCAAUGUGGUGUCCACCUUCAAACACAAGCUCAAGAGCAAGAGCAUGGAGAACCUGCUGUCGCUGGCCGGGGACGACGAGGUGACCAAGAAGGUGGUGGAGCUGGAGGAGGCCGGCGACGUCGUCGUGCUGUGCGACGCGUGCCGCGAGACCGCCGCCUCUAAGACGUGCCUCACGUGCAUGGCCUCCUACUGCGAGGAGCACCUGAGGCCGCACCAGGAGAACCCCGUGUUCGCGUCGCACAAGCUGGCCGAGCCGCUGGCGGACCUGCGGGAGCGCAUCUGCCCCGAGCACAGCAAGGUGAUGGAGUUCUUCUGCAAAACGCACGCGCAGUGCAUCUGCGUCGCCUGCUUUCCGCUCAAGCACAACGGCUGCGCCAUAUCCUCGCCGGACGAGCGCCGCAUCGAGCUGGAGGCCGAGCUCAAGAAGACGCUCUAUAUGCUGGAUGGAAAGAUCGAGAAGACCCUGCUGAUCAUCUCUCAGAUGAAGGAGCAGCAGUUUUUGCUGAAAGAAUCAGCCUCUUGCAGGAAAAGGGCCCUGGAAAUAGAGUACCAGCAGAUCCGAGACCUUAUUGACACGGAUGAGCAUGAAGCCAUGAAGACUGUGGAUAAGGAGCUGGAGAAUGGGCAGGCCAAACAUCAGACUCUGGUGAUGAAAUUUGGCCAGAACGUGGAGCAGAUGAGAGGGGCCAAAGAAAGCAUCGAGAACCUGCUGAGACAGAAGCAGUCCUUAAAGUUCCUCCAGGCUAAGGUUAACCUGCCAUCAGUGGUGAAGUUUGACCCAUAUGCACCACGACUCAGCAUCGACUCAAAAAAUGUGGCAUCCCGUCAGAAAUCCGUAGAGCUUAUAAAGCAGCAUUUUGAGAAGCUAUUCAAUCAGCCAGUGGAGAGCAGAAUUCAGCAGCUGAAACCAGACAUCGAGAACACAUCUCAUUCUGCUAACAAAGGAGAUGGUUCCACACCAUCAAAUCUGCCUGAUAUGGGGGGGCAGCCAAGACCCAACCCAAAAGCAGCCUCAGCAAACCAAGGAGCAAGGCAGAAGCUAGUUUCAGGCAAGAACAAGAAGGAUGACACAAAAUUGGACAAGUCUCAUAAGAAUAAACAGACCAGUCUUGCCAGAGAAGCAUCUUCAGUCCCACCAAAGACCUAUAAAGAGCCACCAAUGCUUGACAUAAGAUCUGGAUUGGCAAGACUCAGCCUAGAUGUCACUUCUGCAAUGAAAAGAAGCGACCUUCUCCAGUAUUCCACAGUGCUUACUCUGGACACCAAGACGGCACACAAGCGCAUCGCCCUGUCGGAGAACUUCACCAAGGCCACGGUGUCCGACGCACCGGCGUCUUACCCCGACGGCCCGGCCCGCUUCUCCGUGUGCUCCCAGGUGCUGUGUACCAAGGGCUUCUCCUGUGGGCGCCACUACUGGGAGGUGAAGAUGAGCAGCAACAACUUCUGUGGCCUGGGCCUGGCCUACAACAGCAUCGACCGCAAGGGCCCCGCCAGCCGUCUGGGUCGUAACAGACAGUCCUGGUGCAUAGAGUGGUUCAACGUUAAGCUGUCUGCCUGGCACGACAGCAGAGAGACAGAGUUGGAGAACCCCAACCCCAGUCGUGUAGGCAUCCUGCUGGAUUGCGAAGAGGGCACGGUCACCUUCUUCAAAAUCAGCGAGAGGGCCUACCCUUUCCAUACCUUCAUCUGCUCCUUUACAGAGGCAGUUUACCCUGCUUUCUGGAUCUUCUCCUGCAGUUCCUCUAUCACCCUGUGCAAGUUGACCAACUGACCAUAAUGCAGAAUUACGACUCCUGUAAUGUGUAUAAACAUUUGUGUAUCUCCAAAAAAAAAAUUAGUGGGAAGGUAAUCAGGAAUUGAUAUUGAGUAUUAUUCAGGUAUUUGUGAACAUUGGUGUAUAUGGGGGAAAGAAACUAACAAUACUUAAUCAUGCAUCUACAUCUAUGCCUCUUUAUGCUAACAUAAUGAACAUGUAUUUUCUAUGAGAUGUACCUCGCUUGGGAGUAAAGCAUCUGCUAAAUGAAUAUGUGUAAAUUAUCAUUACAUCCCACAGUAGGUCUUCAUGCUGGAUAUGCUAGAGUUGUCAGUUUCUCUAUUUUGGGUCAGUGCUUUGUUCAGUCCAGUUCUAUAAAUUGACUUUACAAUCUUAUUGUUGUACUUGGCAGGAAUAUGGUGACUGAAGACCUGUUGUAGGCAUGCCAGGAGUCUACAAUGUACGUUACAUUAAUUACUAUUGAAAAAGCCUGAAUAAACAAUAGGGAUUCAUUGCUGUCCCAUUUCUGGACCUUGUCCUCUGGUUGGUAUAGCAACUGGAACAGCUGCCAGCAUGAAUGAUUGUUUACUGGAAGGGUGAAUCACUGUUAGUGUAACAUUCAAUCAGUCACUGGUUAUUAAAUAUUCAUCACUUUCUGCAAAUCUAUCUUAAGUAUUUAUAAACUGGAUUAAUUACACGGUGUGUUAAAUCCUUUAAUAUAAUUCAACGCAGUAGUUAGUGAUGAGAAGUGGAUGAAAGCUUUGACCCAUUUAUUGGAAAAUGCUCAUGUAAUUGUGCAUUUACAUUUAUUCAUUUAUCAGAUGCUUUCUGUUUGACAUAAUUUGAAACUAUGGACUGGAUUAUAUUUACUCUGAUCCUGUAACAUAAGUGCUUUUUAAAAGCUUGGAAUAUGACGUUAGGCAUGAAACAGGUUGAAGUUAAAACCAAAUCAUUAGCAUUUCAUCAUGCAGUAUAAGAAAAACAAAGUUUAUGCCUAAAGUAUUCAAAGAUAUUCUAAAUUCUGUUGACAGGUAUAGGUUUAAUUCUGGAACUUGGUAAAUUCUUCCUUGAACAUUUGGGAUCUGUCAUCAGUUUGUCUUACAGUAUAAUGGUACUGUUAAUCUAAGACAGGGCUAAGUACAGUUUAAAUGAGAAGAUUGGUUGCUCCAAAGAUUUAGUUUGAUUCUUAAGCGUACUUUUCAGCCUCCGGUGAGAUAUCAUCGCUGGUGAAGUAGAAGACAUGAUAGUGUAAGCAGUGUGUUUAUAUAUGCGGUCGGGUGACUGUGAUCAGCUAGCUUCUGACUUUGACCCUGUAGCUGAGAUGGAAAUAUAUACCGACAUCUGCAGGUGCUCAUAGCGAGAUGUUUCUGCAGUUGUACCCAAGCAGCAUAUGCUGUGGCUGGUAGGUUUAAUGAGAAACUCUGUCGCAAGAAAAUGUGUAUCAGAGGCUCAUUUCUGUACAUGACAGGUUGAGGGUGUUCCUGUGGCAUACGAUCAGGGUGUAAAAGAGGACAAAUUCUCGUUUUGAUAUAAACACCCUGAACCACGUGGAAGAGACCCGAUACCUGUUUUUACUGUGACGAUCAGAGAAGUACACUGUUAAAUGCUCACAUUUGGAGCGCAGCAGUUGUAUCUCCCUGGCGGUGAGUUGGAAUGGAAUCCCGCCCUGUGCGUCGUGGAAGUAAGUGGGCACUGCGUCACUGAUGUUGCGAAACUCAUCCGUUCGGUUCGACCGGAAUAUUUAGACAUCAGCAUUGAGCGGUGGAACAUGGAUGUUCAGCACACUUUCGCAGUCGUGUGUGACUUCAGUGCAGUGCUCCUAGGACAUGCCUGCUUCUGCAAGCUCUCUCAUACUGACAUGCAGUGCUCAUUUCCACCCCCAAACACUGGGAACGGAAAAUUAUUUGAGUCGAGGCUCGGGUGUUUUAAUGGUGUCAUUUUAGGUGAGGUGCGUCGUGGUUUCAUAAGUUGCGUGAGAACAUGUUACGUGAAACCACUUUGUGUCGGUAGCUGAGGUGGAGCUGGGGUUGAAGGUCAGUCGGAAUCCAAUGUUCCACUGCGGCCUUCAGUGCAUAUUGUUACACCGUAGCUGGGUAACAUGUGAUGUAUCAUGUGUCACGCUCGUAUACACGGUGGAAACGCAGGCAGUCGCUGUUAUCAGAGUUGAUGUGCGAAUCUGUUUCGGGGGAGAAUGCUGCGCCGGCAGCGCAGUGCCAGUGCAGCUCCUUAGCUUCCGAGCACUUUCGAAGCACAGAUUGUGUAAGUGUAACUCUGCAGUGCGCUGCCUAACACCGGUCUACUUGACGAAACUGAGCUAUGAUGUGUAAACGGGUGGGCGAAAUCAGGUUUCGGGCCAGAGGUUACGCAACGCCAUUCUUUACAGCUUAGUGUUGUGGAGAAGUUGACGGGAAGUUUCCUGCAUUCCAUAAACCAAUUACUGUUGUCUACUUCUAGACAUCCCACAGCAAUCCGAGAGAAGUGAGCUCUGUAAGCCUUCUUGUGGGUCAUUUCCUCAGAACAUGCUGAUCUAAUGGAAGGGAAUCACAUUUCGCAGCCAGCAGAAACUAUUUCUGAUGCUGCCCUUGUGCCGACGCUACCGUUGGCGCAGUGAUUGACCAGUUACUUGCAGGGACUGGAAGAAUUUUAUACUGAUGAGUGUUGGGAAUGAAAUAGAAGUUUGUCCAGUGAUUUCUGGGCUUUGUACUUGAAGGACAGAUUUUAGGUACACUAUAGAGAUAAGAGCUCAGCCAGGGAGCCUGUAUCAUUUGUUUUGGCUGGUGAUUCCUUUUUUCAACCAUUUGUAGUUUCAGUUCACAGAAAAUGCAGCGCAAAUAAAUGCACUUAUGCGAUUCUGCGACUUAACCAGUAACUUUUGCUCUCUGACUGAUCGUGUGUAAUCAGAUUUGAUCUGUACAACCAAAUAAACUUGUG